AUGGUUUUUGGACUUUCUGCAGCAAUUGGAGCUACAGUUCUACGACCAGAUUGUGUUGUGGUUGAUAUUGAUGGUGAUGGGAUUUUCAUCGUGAAUGUGCAAGAGCUUGCUACGGUCAGGGUGGAAAACCUUCCUGCUAAAAUUAUGUUGUUGAAUAAUCAACAUUUGCGCAUGGUGGUUCAGUUGGAAGACAGCUUCUACAAGGCUAACAGGGUGCAUACCUAUCUUGGAAACCCUUCGAGAACAGAACAUAAGAUUACGAGAACUAUAAUAUUUUGGCGCUUCUUCCUUGGAAAUUAA